GCAUUCCUGUUAGUGCGGCGUCCAGACAUAAGGUCGGAGUGGAGUACUACCAAGUCCCAAGAACCCCGCCCGGUGAGCGUUAGCGAGAGGACCCGCGCCUCCUUCCUGUGCCGUCUCGCCUGGCUCGUCUUCUGGCCUGGGAAGGGAGUGCAGCCCCGCCUCUGGUCCCGCGCCUUCCUCCUGGUUGCGCCCGCAGAGUUGACGCUUGCCAUGGAAACGGGGCGUGGCCCACGAGACGGCGAUGGAACCUGGUUUUGGGGUCGCCACAACCUGUCCGCCUCCGCGUUGGGCAGUUGGCAGCGUCUAGGCGGGAACACCCAACUCAGUUUAUUGGCAAAAAUGCAGACCCCUGGAUACCUUCACGUCGUCUCUUCCCUGGGGUGACUCGAGAGACGACUGUUUACAGAGAAGGAUGUGACUGAGUUCUCCAGUGAGAAGGAUGAGUCCAGAUGUGCCUCUGCUGAAUGACUACAAGCAGGACUUCUUUCUGAAGCGUCUUCCACAAACUAUUCUUGGAGGCCCUCGACUCAGAUUAGGGUAUUGGGCCGCUCCUUACAUAUAUGUUAAUCAGAUUAUCCUUUUUCUGGUACCAUGGGUUUUGGGCGGCGUAGGAACACUUUUGUAUCAAGUAAGCAUCCUAAAGGACUACUACACAGCAGCACUUUCGGGCGGGCUGAUGCUUGUUGCUGCACUUGUCAUCCAGUUCACAAGUAUAAGGGCCAAAACCAAAUCAGUGACAGUGGAAAGAAUACCAACCACGGAUAUCUUAGCAGAAGAAGAUGAGCAUGAAUUUACAAGUUGUGCCGGUGCUGAGACUGUCAGAUUUCUAAUUCCGGGCAAGAAAUAUAUAGCCAAUACAUUUCUUCAUUCUGUUCUUGCUGGAUUGCUAUGUGGUCUUGGAACGUGGUAUCUGCUCCCAAGUAGAAUAACCUUGCUGUAUGGCAGUGCAGGAGGCACUGCUCCAUUGUUUAUCCUUGGAUGGAUUACACUGUGCAUAGGAGAAUAUUCAUUAAUUGUAAACACACCUAUCGAGACUGCAACUUUCCAAACCCAGGAUACCUAUGAAAUCACUCCCCUCAUGAGACCUCUGUAUAUUUUUUUCUUUGUUUCUGUGGACCUUGCACACAGGCUUAUUAAAAAUACACCAGCUCUCCAGCAUGUGAAUCAGAUUUUGCACAUCUUGUUUGUAUUUUUACCCUUCCUGUGGGCAUUUGGGACCCUGCCCCCACCUGAUGCUCUUUUCUUAUGGGCAAUGGAGCAGGUUUUAGAGUUUGGCCUUGGAGGCUCAUCCAUGUCAACACACCUACGGCUGUUAAUAAUGUUCAUCAUUUCCACUGGAACAGCUGUAACAUCGUAUUUUAUUCCCAGCCCUGUUGGUGCGGUUCUUUUCAUGACUGGACUUGGUUUCUUACUGAGUCUUAAUCUGAGUGAUAUAAGUUUUGCUGUCAGACACAGUAUGACCAGAAACAGAGCAGGAACCAAAGCGCAGACUUCAUCUGGGGCUUCAGAAAGAUGCUUUCCUUGGAAAGAGAUCCUCUUGCACGUCACUGUGUUAGUGUUGGCUCUCUUAGAAACUAGUCUGCUGCAUCACUUCGCUGGAUUCUCACAGAUUUCCAAAAGCAGUUCCCAGGCUAUUGUUGGCCACAUUGUGCUGAUAUUAUUUAUAGUACUGUGGAUACUCAGAGAAAUUCAAAGCAUCUAUAUUUUGGGAAUUUUCCGAAACCCCUUCUAUCCAAAGGAUGUGCGAACUGUGGCUGUAUUUCUAGGGAAGCAAGCAAAGCUCCUGAAGGUCGGUGUUGUCAGACGGAUUUUGCUAACUGUAGUGUCACCUUUGGCUCUGAUAGCGUUUCUUUCCCUGGAUAAUUCCUUACAGGGGCUCCAUUCUGUGUCUGUCUCCAUUGGAUUCACAAGAGCCUUUCGAAUGGUGUGGCAGAAUACAGAAAACGCUUUGCUGGAGACAGCCAUUGUAUCAACAGUUCACUCACUGAUCUCCAGUACUGACGUAUGGUGGAACAGAAGCCUAAAUACAGGAAUACGACUCCUAUUGGUUGGUAUCAUGUGUGACCGUCUAAUUCAGUUCAUCUAUAAGUUGCAGUUUGCUAUGACUGUACUUUUAGCAUCAUGGAUGGAGAAAAAACAACAUCGAACAACAACUACUGCUUUAUGUACACUCAACAUUAUCUUCUUCCCAUGUGUGUUGGUCAUCAUAGCUUUUUCUACAUUGCUGUCCUCUCCCUUGCUCCCCCUCUUCACUCUUCCUGUGUUCCUGGUGGGUUUUCCCAGACCUGCCCAGAGUUGGCCAGGAACUGUGGGCACCGCGGCAUGUGUGUGCGCAGACACUGUGUACUAUGACCAGAUGGUCCCCAGAUUGACUGCCUCGCUGCAGGCUGCCAUGGCAGCUGGAAGUUUCGGUCUCCUCUUACCUGGAUCUCAUUACCUGGGCCGUUUUCAGGAUCGUUUAAUAUGGAUAAUGAUUCUAGAAUGUGGUUAUACAUACUGCUGUAUUAACAUUAAGGGUUUAGAAUUGCAAGAAACAUCCUGUCAUACUGCUGAAGCCCGAAGAGUUGAUGAACUUUUUGAAAGUGCUUUUGAACAAGAAUACCCUAGAGUAUGUUCCCUUAAUGAACACUUUGGGAAUGUCUUGACACCCUGUACUGUUUUGCCUGUGAAACUAUAUUCUGAUGCCAGGAAUGUGCUAACUGGCAUCAUUGAUUGUCAUGAAAAUUUAAGCAGUUUUAAAGGUGACCUUAUCAAAGUGCUUGUGUUCACCCUCAUUCAGUACUGCUCCAGAAGGCCCAAGAAGCAGGAGAAUUUUCACAAAAUUGAAAGUAAAGAGGAAACAUCUCAGAUAGAUCUUCCUCCUUUGAAAACUUCACCACAUCUCAAAUCUCCAGAAGACACAGACAGUUUUAAAUCGGAGACUUUCGAUGACUGGUCAGAUGAUAUUUUUGAUGAUGAACCAAAGGUCGAAAAAAGAAAAGAAGGAAACAAUUGGUUGAAAGAUUUUCCAGGUGCAGCCUUGCCUAUUCCAGGCUCAGUAGACUCAGAGAGGGUUGCUGAUCUUCCUGCAGGCACCACUUCUGCACACAGUCUGUACAGAGCAGUUCUCUUGGGAUACCCAGCUGUGGACAGAGGAAAGCAGGAAAGCGUGGCUGCUGUCCCUCUCGGCAAGUUGGGUUCUUCCCACUCUCACUUAGUGAGCGUACCUGAAGAGUGGAGGCCUAGCUGUCUGCCCCGCUCCAAAAUGGAAGAGAUGAGCUCCCUCUUUCCUGAAGACUGGUACCAGUUCGUCUUAAGUCAGUUAAAAUGUUUUCACUUGGAAGCAAUGGCCUCAACUGCACUGGAAGAAAUUGCAAAGGACAAAGUUUUAAAGGACUUUUACAUUCAUACAGUAAUGACUUGUUAUUUUGGCCUAUUGGGAAUGGAUAAUAUGGUUCCUACUGCUGGCCAUAUAGUAAGAGUUUACAAUGGCAUUUUGCCCUGGUCUAGUGCCUUGGAUUGGCUUGUAGUAAAACCAGAACUAUUCCAACUAGCUCUGAAAGCCUUCAGAUAUACUCUAAAACUAAUGGUUGAUAAAGCAAGUUUAGGUCCAAUAGAAGAUUUUAAAGAGCUAAAAGGAUACCUUGAAGAAUAUGAAAGUGACUGGUACAUUGGUUUAGUAUCAGAGGAAAAGUGGAAGGAAGCAGUUUUACAAGAAAAGCCGUGCUUGUUCGCUCUGGGCUAUGACCCUCACAUGGGAGUCUACACCGGGAGAGUGCUUACCCUUCAGGAAGUACUGGUCCAAGUUGGGAAGUUAAACGCUGAAGCUGUUAGAGGGCAGUGGGCCAAUCUCUCCUGGGAACUGCUAUAUGCCACCAAUGACGAUGAGGAGCGGUACAGCAUCCAAGCUCAUCCCCUGCUCCUCAGAAACCUCACGGUGCAAGCCGCUGAGCCGCCCCUGGGAUAUCCAAUCUACUCCUCAAAGCCCCUGUCAGUACGCAGGUGUUAGAGAGAGUAUGACUGGUAUCGUCAGAGGAGGUGCCACUAGGAAAGGAACAGCGUAACUCUUGGAGCUCUGCUGGGCUUCCUUCUAUCACAGGGAUGCCUGAGCACAAUCUGACUUCCAUAGCAUUGGCUCACGAAGCCCAAAACCAAAGUCAACUUCAUGCCUGACAUCACAGUUGGAAUUAGUCGGCCAAUAUUUGUGCCCUGUGGGUCAUGGUAGGCUUUGGUAGAUAUAAGAAGACAUUUGUUAGCAGCUUUUUAAUGCUUUGUAAAAUAUUUGGUAGAUAACUCACCUUACAAAUCAACAGAUUUGCAAUUUGUACGUAACUAAUAUUUGUCAGUAUUUUAACUCAUGAUAAUGGAUAUUUUCAAAAGCUAGUAUAAUGUAUGCUUAUAUUUAUUUGAAAUAAAAGUAAUUUUUACAGUA